CCCGCGCGUUGUCUUCGCUGCUCGCUGUACAUAGCUACACCACACUCGGCGAAUGGUACUCUUGUGAUACAAACCCCCCCGCACAUCAAUGUCGCCGUCGCCAUGAACACCGAUCCGCUCACGGCGCUCGAGAAAGCGGGCAUCGACCUGGGCGACCUGCCGUAUAGUUAUCUCGAGCAAUACCCCUACCCCGCGCUCGUGCUCAUCUUCGGCGUGCCGCUCUACGGCGAGAUCCACGCGUCGCAGUGGUCGCUGGAGAACAUCCAGCCCCUGUCGCCCGUGUGGACCAACACCACCUGGAAACGCUUCACCGGUAACCGGCAGUCGCUGCUACAAUGCCUCACGCCGUCAUCGGCGCGGCGGCUAAGCCUCUGGCUCACGGGCCAGACGGAUGCUGCGUCGUUCGUGUCCCCUAGCGUGAGCGUUCGCAGCGGUAGUAGUAGUGGCGAGCCCGCCCGCUCGCCCGACGAGACCCAACAACCAGCAGACACGACAGGCCCGACCCUCACCCUCGAGUUCAGAUUUGGCUCCUCCAAAGCCAAGCUCAUGCUCGCCAAGACCGUGCAGCCUGUGUACCGCAUCGGCGCGGACGGCGUGCGCAAGAUUGUGCGCACGCACGAGGCGGCCAUCGUCACCACCAUGCCCUCGGGCCAAGUGCGUCUCCAGCUGCCGUCUGCCCGCCGCAGGUCGUUCGGCACUUCGUACGACCCCAUCCCAGAGGACGACAUUGGCGGCGAGACCCCGCCCUCGACGGACAAGGUGCCGCUCACGUCGAUAUCGUCCGAAUCACCAAGCAGCCUGCUCUCGUACCCCUCGUCAGACCCAGUGCCGCCCCGCGGCUCGUUCAUAGGCACGACCGCUAAUGGCCGGGUGGCGCCGUCGUCAUCAGGAGGGAUACUGCCGCGGCAGUCGAGCUCAACGUCUCACACAUCCGGCCCGAUGACGGACGAGCUAGACGGUUGGUCCGCGCGCGCGGCGUCGAGCAGCAAGUCAGCGCCAAUAUCCCUGCCUGGAUGGCGGCCGGGCCAGACGAUUGAGCUGAACCAGGACGGGACGGCGAGAGCCGUCAAGUCGGUGUUUGGAUACGGCGAGAACGGGGCGGACGACGACGAUGACGAGGGCGAUAAGCCGCCAGAAGCAUCAAGUAAGGAUGUGGCCCACCUCCUCGAGACGACCAAGUGGGCAGAUACGCCACUCGGCAAGCGGAAGCACUGGCCCGAGUCACUGCAGAUGAUGGUCGCCAUCAUCAUGCGCUGGCCUACGCCGCUGGCGUUCUGGUGGGGCAAGGACUUGGUGUUCAUCUACAAUCAGAAAUACGCAGAUCGACUGCCCAACCAUCCAAGAGCGUUUGGACAAUCGGGAACAGUGGCAUGGGCAGAACUCUGGCCGCAUCUCGGGCGGUGGACAGAGGCCGCGCUCGACGGCACCCCAGUGAUCAAGGACAACGACCUGUCGCUGUACCCCAGCGCAGCGGGCGACACGCGCCGGCGCGAGUUCUAUCGCCGACACCAGUGGGUGCCCGUCACGGACGGCGAGGGCACGACGGCGCUGGUGCACUCGUGGCGCGACACGACGCGCGACUUUAUCAUCGGGCGGCGGGACCGCUUCCUCACCAACCUGGCACUACGGGGCGACCAGGCGCGCACGCAGGCACAGCACGAGCGCGAGCUCAUCGACGCGUUCGAGAACAACCCGACCGAGGCGCCCUUUGCGCUCAUUUACCGCGUCGAGUCGGAGCAGCUGUUCGACUCGCCAAACCACUUCAAAGCCAAGCUCAAGUACGCUGGCGGCGUCGGCGUGCCCUCUGGCCACCCGUCUGCGCCCGCAACGCUCGAACUGUCCAUCUCGCUUGACGGCUCGGAGCGGGGGGACGACUCGUCCCCGCCCUCGCCAGGCGCAGAGGACGGCAUGCGGCCCGUGUCGCCGAUGCCGCGCGACCUUGCCGAGGGAAACGAGCUGUGGCCGUUCGCCGAGGCGCUGCAGACGCACCGGCCGGUGGUGGUGCAGGACUGCUUUUCGCGGGUCGAGGGCUACGCCGUGCGUGUGUGGGACGAGCUGCCGUCCUCUGCUGUCGUCAUCCCCAUCUGCCGCAGGAUGGACCGCGACGUGCCACGCGGCGUCGUCGUCCUCGGCAUUUCCUCGGCCAACGCCUACGACGAGGACUACGCCAUCUUCGUCGACGACCUGCACAUGCUGCUCACCAACUCGCUCGGCGCAGUGCUCGAGAACGAGACGCAGCGGGUGUUGCAGGCUGAGAUCCAGGCGGCGGAGCGCGCGCGGGAAGCGCUGCUGACGAAUGUGUCGCACAAGCUGCUGACUCCCUUGUCGUUGAUAUCGGGGCCGUUGGAGGACCUGGCUGCCGAGCAAGUGGCACUGGCGCCGGCGGUGCGCGACGCGCUACACGUCGUCCAGCGGAACGUGUCCCGCCUGACGCGGCUGGUCAACAUGCUCGUGGCGGACAGCGCGCUCGAGGGCCGCCGGAACGCGAGCAAAUUCGGGCGCGUCAACCUCGGGCAGCUGACGCAGAACGUCGCCAAGCUCUUCGCGCCAGUAGCCAGUGCCGAGGGGAUCGACUUUGUCGUCGAGUGCGACGAGGCAAGCAGGCCAGUGUUUGUCGACUUGGACAAGUACGAGCGCGUCUUGUUCGUGCUGAUUGGCAACGCGAUCAAGUUCUCUCCGGGCGGCCGCGUGGCGCUGACGCUGCGGUAUACCGACACUGAGGUCGUGGUCACGGUCGAGGAUACUGGGUCGGGGAUCAGCCCCAGCGUGCUGGAUGAAAUUGCUGGUGCGCCGCUCGCUGCCGACGGAGUGACGAGGCGGCUGCGCGAUAGUACCGGCAUCGGCCUGUCGCAUGCCGAUAAGCUCGUCAACCUGCACCACGGCACGCUGAGCGUCAAGAGCAGUACGACAGGAGACAAGGGGACGACGUUUACGCUCACACUACGGCUUGGGAGCGACCACUUGCCGCUCGACAGCGUCGACAGCUCGCCCGUCGAGACGACAGGCAUCCAGCAGAUCCACCAGGCGCUCAUCGAGUCGCUGUCGAGCCACAGGCAGCUGCCGAAGCACGAGCUCGACCCGCGCCCGCCGACCGGCAUGUCAGUUAGCAAGAGCAGCCCCAACGCCGCGCCGUACUUUACGCCCAGCGACGUGGUCAUGAUCGUGGACAACGACCCCGACUCGAGCAGCUACCUGCGCACGAUAUUCUCGGUCCUGUGCCAAGUCGUGCUGGCGACGGACGGCGUCGACGCGCUCGCAAAGGUCAAAGACCGCGCGCCCGACCUCAUCAUUGCCGACGCCGUGCUGCCCACCAUGGACGGCUACGCGCUCGCGGCCGCCCUCAAGAAUGGCACGCGCGAGGAGCAGAUGGUGCCCAUUAUUCUUCUCACCUCGCGGGCGGAUGCGCACGAGGGCGUUGCGGACGACUUCCUCGCCAAGCCGUUCCACUCGCGCGAGCUCAUCGCCCGCGCGCGCAUGCACAUUCAGUGGGGCAAGAAGCGGCAGAGCCUCGAGGCAGCGUUCUUGGAGCGCACUGCCGAGAUCGAGACGUUGAACGAGAUCGGCAUCUUUCGCACGACCGAGGACGGCUGGGUCGUAUACGUCAACAAGACGUGGCACGUCUUGUCGAGCUAUCCCCAAGGCCAGCCCGUCAUCAGCUGGGGCGACUACAUCAUCCCCGAGGACCGCGAGUACGUGCGGCGCACGUGGACCGAGUUUCUCAACUCGAACGACGACACGGUCGAGCUCGAGUUUACGUGGAUCAACGGCACGACCAACUUUGCCAUUGCGACCCGGCUCAAGCCCAUCAACGGCACGCCGCCCGGCAUUCUUGGAUGCCUGAUCGACAUCACCGACCGCGUGCAGAAGGAGGCGCUGCAGAAGGACCGGCUGCUCGAGUCGGAGCAGCGCCGCAUCGAGGCCGUCGAGGCUAAGCGGCAGCAGGAGGAGCUGAUUGACAUUGUGUCGCAUGAAAUGCGCAACCCCAUCAGCAGCUUGAUGCAGAUAAGUAUCGCAAGUGGUCUUUGUCGACGCCGCACCAACCUCGUGACAUUGCAGCGAGAAAUCGAGGAGGCGACGCAGAGCGACAAGGGCCUGCAUCCCACCUCCGAUCUCAUGGCCGACCUCGCCGAGGACCUCGAGGCCCUCGACAGCAUCUACCAGUGCGCGUUGACGCAGGAGCGGAUCAGCAACGACGUGCUCUCGCUCGGCAAGAUCCAGAUGAACACGCUCGAGAUCAAGGAGUCCGAGUACGCCGUGCAGAGUGAGGCGCACCGACUCGUAUCCACCUUCCAGAGCGAGGCGCGCGCCAACAAGCUCGAGCUGCUACUCGACCUCGGGAGCAGCUUUGACCGCCUGCGCAUCCACAGCGUGUACCUCGACCCCGUGCGCUUCGGGCAGGUGGUGACCAACCUCGUGUCCAACGCGGUGCGGUUCACGUCCACGAGCCCCGUGCGACGGGUGCAGCUGUCGCUCGAUAUCGGGUUCCGCCGUCCAGAGGCGAACAGCUGCACCAAGCCUCCAGGCGACGACGGGCCCGAGGGGGGCCCAGUCAGCGAACACACCCCGCUGUAUCUGUUUGCCACGGUAUCCGACACUGGGCCCGGCAUGACACCGGCCGAUACCGAGGCCCUGUUCAAGCGCUUCACGCACGAAGGGUCCGAUAAGCAGACAGUCUUCGGCGGGAUCGGCCUCGGCCUAUUCGUGUGCCGCAAGCUUACGGAGCUUAUGGGCGGGCGUAUCGAAGUCGAGAGCGUGUACGGCCAGGGCACGACGUUCAACUUCUUUGUCCAGGUCCGCCCUCGGCUGAACCGACCCAAGCUGCCCCCCAAGACGCCUUCAAAGGCCACCAAGCUCCAGUGCAAGGCGCGCGUGCUGGUGGUGGAGGAUAAUGUCAUCAACUGCAAGGUGUUGUGCCGGCAGCUGGGUAUCGCCGGGGCUACGGUCCAGAGCGUCGUAAACGGCUUGGAAGCUUGGAACCUCCUGAGCGAGACGCAGAAGCCCGGCAGCAGCGCGCCGUUCGACUGCGUGCUCAUGGACCUCGAAAUGCCCGUGAUGGACGGGUACACUGCCACGCGGCUGGUGCGCGAGGCGGAAGCGACGGGUGCUCUGGACCGUACGGUCGUCGUCGCGCUUACCGGAAACGCGCGGCAGGCGCAGAUCGAGUCUGCUAUGGCCGACUUUGACGCCGUCAUCGUCAAGCCGUACCGGCUCGGCAUACUGCUCCGGGUGAUUGAAGUGUCGGCGGAUGUGGGCAGCGACGUGCCUGGGGACCGCGUCAAGCGCGUUGCCGAGGUCGUGGGGCAGAGCGGAGAGUAGGCAGGAAUGGAAUAGGAAG